UGAGAGAGCACAAAGCAUUAAAAUACCUCAACAUUGAAGAAAAAUUAUCGAAAAUAGUAGCAAAAUGCAUCAUCCAAUUGGACUUGAACUCGUUUAAAAGUUACUUCCUGCGGAAUCUAAAAAAAAGAAAGGAAUUGUCGUAAAAAACGAGCUCCAGUAAUUUUCACAUACCUUCAACGCUUAAAAAAAAGAAUCCAACUGUGUUACAUUAGCGCGCAAUUAAACGGGCGUACGGCGCUUACCUCCCCCCCCCCAUUGCCUCAAACCACAAGCCUCUCUCCCCGUCCAAUACUAAAAGAGGAAUGAUUUAUAGCUCACGAUAUAGCACCGUGCUGCUGCUAAUUAAUGGCGCUCCGGAGCUAGAUCCUUAAAUGGGCCCGGCACUGGCGACCGCACGUGGUUCGUUGCUGCAGCCCGUGGUGCUGGUGUUCGAUAAAUUCACGCCUUGCGAGUGGCCGGACAGGCGGUCGUCGCACAAAUGCAAAUGCUUUCCGCUCCGGUGUGCACCUUGGUUUUUGGUGCACUGGCGUGCCCUUGCAGGCUUGGUUGCUUGGAACCAACGCGGUACCGACGCGAAUGCGAAUAGGCUGUAGAAAAAGAGAAGCAGGCGGAGUAGCAGCUACCCUUAAAGCAGCUCCCUAUAAUGUCCUGGUGGGGUUACAAAGAAGGAUCCCGCAUGUGAACUACGCGAUGAAACCACCUGCACCUGUACGCGCGGGAAAGUGGAUGGUUUCAAAAUUCAUGACGGCUUAAUUACCCCUCGCCUGGGUAGCUACGGUGUUCAGCUUCAGUUGAAAGUCAACCGCAAACGCCUCAUUCGGCACAUUCACGCACCGUUCGGGUUAUAGCGCACGCCACAAUGUCGGAGCAUCCGAUACACACCUUCGAUCGGCUGAUCAAACGGCAGCGCCUGCUGCUGAAGCUGAUCGGCAUCGAUAGCUACGAUCCGGCGUUCCGCAUCCACUCGCUCACCUUCAUGUUGGUGUGCCUGGCGCUCACCUUCUUCGUCAUCUCGCUGUACGACCUGUACCUGUUCCGGGACGACCUGUUCAACUUUGUCUACGUGCUGAUCACGAUCUUCUUCGCGACGAUCGGCAUCGGCCACAUAUCGGUGUUCCUGCUGUGCAGCAAGCUGUUGGCGGAGCUGCUGGAGCAAUCCUACCGCACCUACCGGCUGGUGGUGGACGAUCAGCGCGAGCAGCGCAUCCUGCAGUGGUACACCAGGCUGUUCCAGCGGGCUGUGGACGGCUACACGCUCGUCUUUAUCGGCACGUCCGUGGCGGCCGGCUUGCUACCGCUCGCCAUCUACCUGCUGUCCGGCGACCGGGUCCUGCCGUACGGUGUUGUGCUGCCGUUCGUCGACCCCGACUCGCUGGUGGGCUACGAGCUGAACUACAUCUACCAGGUGAGCUGCAUCAUCUGGACGCCGCCUGGGCUGGUCGCGUCGGUAUGCAUGUUGUUUGGGCUCGUGCUGAACAUCUGCAUACAGUACGACAUACUGGCGGUGAAGCUGCAGGACCUGGACGAGCUGAUACGGUCGCCGCACCCGCACAGGGACGCGAUGAUUGGGUGCAAGCUGCGCAGCAUCCUUCGCAAUCAGCAACGACUGAUCAGUUUCAUCGCCAACAUCGAAGCGGCAAAAAACGUCCUUUCGGCCGUGGAGGUACUCUCGCUAGGGCUGCAGAUCGUUAUCACACUGUUCGUAUUGCAAUUCUCACUCUGGAUCCCCGGGCUGGUGCUGAUACCGGUCUUCACAAUGCAGCUCUUUCUGUUCUGCCUGCUCGGUACCAUCAUCGAGGAUAAGGGCGUCAAGUUUUCGGCCGGCGUGUAUAGCCUCACCUGGAACGAGCUGUCCAAGCAGGACAAGCAGAUCUUUCGCCUGCUGCUGCUGAGCUCACAGCAGCCCCAGACGCUCACCUGCGCCGGUAUGACCUGCAUCAGCCUGAACCUGUUCGUCAAUAUGUCGCAAAAGUUCUACUCAAUCUUCAUGAUGUUACGCAACAUGUAAAGCCUGACCCGAGGAUGUGCUUUAAAAUGUCUCUAUUUCUGUCAUAUAUACACACACACACACACA